UCGAUAUCAAGUCACCAUUAAUUGUCAAUGCAUUGAAAAGACAUUCCUCAAACAUUCCACGGAAGAACGAACGUCACGCGGGUUUGAAGCAACUUGAGAGUGAGUAAACGAUGACAGAAUCUUUAUUUGGAGGUGAACUAUUCCUUUAAGCCUGAACCGCAGCUUUUCCAUAGCAGCAGAGCCGAGUGAGCUGCCAGUCAAAGUGACGUCAGUCUCGUUGGAGUCGCGCUGAGGCGAAGUGCUGGUGCGCGCGAGCUCGGAGACCCCCGUUAACUGGGCGCACACGCAAGUGUCACCAUGAUCAGCCUUAUAUGGGGUGGAUCUUAAAUCAUAACUGCAAGAUGAAGACGUGAACGUACGGCACAUCCUUCUGAGCGCAGCAUCAUAGACUUCCCUCGCGAUCCUGAAGCCUUCACGCUACACAAUACUACACUCCAGCACGGCCAGACUGCCUGCAGCUGCCAGGCGGGUAGGCGGAGGCUGGAAGGGGGAACACAUCUAUUUUCUGCUAAUAAUAAUACGCAACAAAAUGAAGCGGAGAAAGAUGGUGGUAGCGGCGGGCUUCUGCCUCUCGUUCCUCAUGGGCACGCUGAUGAAUUUAUUGUUCAUUCCGGGAUUCGAGCACCACGGCGAGCGCGUGCAUCGCUACCACCACGAGAAACAGCAGCCCGACGCGGACGCUCCUGCCCGACUUCAAGUCGACGACCUGACACCGGUCGAAACGGCCGCCGUCGGCCGACUCCCGGAGCUCCAGCGGCAAAUACGCGAGCGGAUAGACGAGGUUCUGCGGUACCGGCAGAGACGCGCGCACUGGGUCGGCACCGGACCGCUGGAGCGCAGGCGGCUCAUGGACCUGGAGCAGCGCGGCGAUUGGGAAUCAUACAAAGGAAUCGAGAAAAACAAUAAUUACGAUCAGUCUCAACCGACUCCAGCUGUAUCCAUAGCAACAAAAUCACACCGGGAGCUUACGCGCGAGUCCGUGCUCGGCUGCAGCAGCAUCGAUAACGUUACCAACGUCCAGUAUCUGGGCUCGGGAUACACAAAGGCGGUGUACAAGGCGAAUUUGAACAGCAGCUUCUCCGUCGCAUUAAAAUCAGUCGAUUUUGGGGGUCACGAUAUGGAGAAUUGUGUGAAGAAAUACGCGUCGUCUACAGACUGUUACAAACUCGCAUCCUUCAAAAUUGUCAAGGAAAUGACGCUGAUGGAGAGACUGCAGCACCCUAAUGUUCUCAAGCUCUACGGCUACUGCUACCAGGACAGCAAUGACAUAAAGGACACGGUGACGGCCAUCACGGAGCUGGGCAGCCCUCUGGAGAUGAUCCAGCUGCUGCAGACGCCCUGGGAGGAGAGAUUCAGGAUCUGUUUGAGUCUGAUGAGGCUGCUGCAUUAUUUGGCCCACUCCCCGCUCGGGUCCGUCACCCUGCUGGACUUCAGGCCACGGCAGUUCGUGCUGGUCGGGGGAGUGUUGAAAGUGACCGACCUGGACGACGCCAGUGUUGAGGAGACGCCUUGCUCCCCGUCGUCUCCCUCAGACUGUCUCAUGGAGUUCCCUGCCCGCAACUUCACCCUUCCCUGCCACAAGGGCCGCUGUCAGGGUAUCAACGAAAAGAGAAACCUCUACAAUGCUUACAGAUUUUUCUUCACCUACUUGUUACCUCACAGCGCCCCCUCAGCACUGAGACCCCUUCUGGACAAAAUCGUCAACUCUACAGGAGAGCUGAUAUGGGGCACCGACGAGACUCUGGUUCAUCUCGAAAAAGUGCUGGAUAUCUACAGGAACGGACAUUACCUCAAGAAUAACACGGAGAGACACAAAACAGAGUAUAAACGUGUGUCAGAUGCCUCAAUAGCAGCAGAGAACUACCGCUGCUGGCCGUCCUAUCAGCACGACGGAUGCCUGCUGUCAGUCUUCAGCGUCCACGAAGCUGUUGACGUGUGUGAGAGCCACGCCCAAUGCCGGGCCUUCGUCAUGACCAAUCAGAGCACGUGGACAGGUCAUCAGCUUGUGCUCUUCAAAACCGGAGCAUCCAGCUUGACCGCGGCUCCAGGUAAACUUUCAUACGUACGGCUGGGAGCAGCUGAGAGCUGAGAUGAGAGAGACAUCAUCAUCAUCAUCAUCAGUAUCUUCUGAUCGGCUCCCUCUGAAGACGCUCACGUGCUGUCUUUCCCGAGGGCAUGUCGCUUAGGGUUCGGGGAGGAUGCUCUACAGAGAAAGCAGCUUUCAGGAGGUCGGAUUUUCUCUUGGAGACUCGGUCAGGUGGAGGUCAGCUGUCAGCUAUGUGCAAUACUGCCGCUCUGAAGCUGGGAUUGGACUGUGAAUGUGCAUCUGGCAGAGAUGCAGAGAGGCUGUUUGUGCUUGUCCCAGUGUGUGUUUAAUGAGAUCUUCUGUCAGUAUUUCUUUCACUCUUUCUUUCUCUCCAUCUGUCAUUCUUUCUGUCUUUGCCCACACAGAAUCCUCCUUUAUUUGCUCUGAUAUCCAGCACUUUUUCUUCUAUGUGAAUCAGGGUCUGUUUGUUGAGCUUUUAAAAGCAUUUGCUUUGAUUUUUGAAAUCUUUUCAAAUAUUUGCUCAUGUAAAACAAAUUCUUCUGACAAUUGAUGUCCAAAUGUUCACCUGGACCAGCCUAAACAAGUAAUUUAUUGGUUUAACGAAUGAAAACGCCUCUCUUAAAUUAUGAAAUCAUUUUUUUUUUUUUUAUCAAAAUUGAAAACAGAUCAGCAACAAAUCUAGACAUUUCUAUUACAAAAAAAAAGUGUUUUUUUAUUUUCUUGUCAUUAAAGCUUUUCAUGUUCUGUUUUGAAUUUUUUAUGUUAUUUUCAAUGGCAGAAUGUAAUGACCCAUUUGAGAGGUGAAUUGUGGUACUUGAUUAUUAGAUGUUGGUUAGUCAGCCAAUCCCCACUUGGUGUGAUAAAGUUUCCCAAGGAAAUGUCGAUCUAUUACUUGACAGGUGAAGGAGUUCAAGAGGUUUCUGCUUUCAGUGAAAGCACUGAGAUGUACAUGUACAUGUUUUCUUAUGAGUCUUAAGGUUGUGUUGUAUAUGAGAGUGAUAUUUUUAUACAGAAAAAUAAAGUCAUGUGACUUAAAACUGUC